AUGUCGUUGAUCACCGGCAUUGGCAACCCUAUCGUACAGAAAGUGAUGGACUAUGCUGAGAUGUUCAACAAAUCGGCGAACGCGUGCGGCAUGUGUAACGUGCAGGUGUCCUGCUCUCCCAGAUGCGACUACGCACCUGGAGGUAACUCAUUCGGAGUUGUGGAUCGAAUCUGCGAUCUACCCACCGAGAAGCAGGCCUGUGCCAUGACAUCACGAGCCUACGACGAGGAAUCCGGACUGUGCAAAGUUUGGCCACCAAGUUGA